UUUGAAGUGAAGAAAAAAAAAUGGGGGACAAGAGGAAGAAGACGUUCAUGUUCAUCCGUCUUGUGUCAGCUGCUGGAACUGGAUUCUUCUAUGUGAAGAGGAAGAGUACCAAGGGACUUCUUGAGAAGCUCGAGUUCCGUAAAUACGAUCCUCGAGUCAACCGUCAUGUCCUAUUCACUGAGCAGAAGAUGAAGUGACAGGGAAAAAAAACUCUACAUUCCAAUAGUAGUUUUACUUCUUAUCAAAUCAAAUAACUUGUCAGGUUUUCGUAAGUUUCAUGUUCUCAGGGUUUAUAAAAAAACCAAAAGACUCUAUCAUCAAAAUCUUGCUGUCAAAGAAUGACUAAUUGACACAAACUAUAUAGAAUAAUUUAUAUAAAUCAUCAUAUCUAUGUUAUUAUUUAUCA